CGGGGGGUGGUGGGCGAAGAAGAGGUUCGAACACUAACAUAGAAGGGGAGAGAGUUAGACGGAGAGGGGGAGAGAGUGAAACAGAGACUGAGGGAGCGAUAGAGAGGAAGACAGAGUGAGGGAGAGAGAGGGAGACGGAGAGAAAGAAGGAGGAGGCUCACAGAUUGUAGGUCGACUUGAAGUGCAAGAAAUUGUUUGCUGGUGAAGAAGAAUUUCUUUGCUGUGCUGGGCUGUGCUCUAUUGGGGUGCCAAUUCAAAGUUGAAGGCCUAUAAUUUAAAUGGGGGUAGUGCUCUGAAAUGGUUGUCGAAAAAAUGAUGGAGGAAUUGAAAGUGGUGUCAAAUGCUUCACGGGGCUGAAAAGGAGCUGCAAAGGGGCUGAAUGAAGUAUUCAACUACAUUUUCUCAGUGUUAUGGUGCACUGCUAUUCGAUUAGCUCAAAAGAAAAGUAUUCUAUUCUUUAGCAUCACACAGUGGGUUUAGUAUGGAUGUUGAAGUUAUUGAUGUGGAAGGAAUGGGGCAUCGUGGAAUGGCAGAUGAUGGUGAUGCUGAAAGGAGUGAAGGUGGAGAAAUGAAUAAUGUUGAAAAUUCCGAGGCUCACGAUGAGGAUGGGAUUUCCGAGCCAUACGUGGGUAUGGAAUUUAAUUCAGAAGAGGCUGCCAAGACUUUCUAUGAUGAAUACGCCAGACGCUUGGGUUUUAGCUCUAAAGUUGGUCAAUCUAGUCGUUCUAAACCUGAUGGGACAACCAUUGCUCGGGAGUUUGUAUGUGGCAGAGAGGGUUUGAAAAGAAGGCAUGCUGAUAGUUGUGACGCAAUGCUUAGGAUAGAGUUAAAGGGUCAACACAAGUGGGUUUCAACUAAAUUUGUGAAGGAGCAUAGUCAUGCCUUGGUGAGUCCUGGUAAGGUGCAUUACCUUCGGCCUCGCCGGCAUUUUGCUGGUGCUGCAAAGAACGUGGUUGAAACUUAUCAAGGAGUAGGGAUUGUUCCCAGUGGUGUUAUGUAUGUUUCCGUGGAUGGAAACCGUACCCCUGUAGAGAAAAACCGUGUAGUUAGGAAUACUUUAUCUGCAGAAGCAAAUCGGCCAGUCAAGAAUGCUGUAACAAUGAAUCAACUUAGGCCUUGUAGUCGAAGGAGGACACUAGGGAAGGAUGCUCAAAAUUUGCUGGAGUAUUUCAAGAAAAUGCAGGCUGAGAACCCUGGUUUCUUUUAUGCAAUACAACUUGAUGAAGAUAAUCACAUGGCAAACGUUUUCUGGGCAGAUGCGAGGUCAAGAGCAGCUUACUGUCAUUUUGGUGACGCUGUUACGCUUGAUACCGCGUACCGAGUAAAUCAGUAUAGAGUGCCAUUUGCUCCAUUUACAGGAGUUAACCAUCAUGGUCAGACAGUUUUGUUUGGUUGUGCAUUACUUCUAGACGAGUCAGAAGCAUCUUUUAUUUGGUUGUUCAAGACAUUCCUUACAGCAAUGAAUGACUGCCAUCCUGUCUCGUUUAUGACUGAUCAAGAUAGAGCCAUACAGACAGCAGUUUCUCAGGUGUUUCCAGAAGUCCGCCACUGCAUUAGCAAGUCGCAUGUCUUAAGAGAAGGCCAGGAAAGGUUGGCGCAUGUAUGUCAAGCACAUCCCUAUUUUGAGGUGGAACUUUAUAAUUGUAUUAAUUUGACUGAAACUAUCGAGGAGUUUGAAUUGUCGUGGGAUUCUAUCCUUGAUAAAUAUGACCUCAGGAGAAAUGAUUGGCUUCAAUCAUUAUAUAGUGCUCGUGCUCAAUGGGUGCCUGUGUAUUUCCGGGAUUCCUUUUCUGCUGCCAUAUCUCCUAAACCUAAUCAAGGGCAUGAUGGUUUUUUUGAUGGCUAUGUGAAUCAACAGACCACAUUACCAAUGUUCUUUAGGCAGUAUGAAAGAGCUUUAGAGAACUCGUUUGAAAGGGAAAUAGAAGCAGACUUUGAUACAAUUUGCACAACGCCAGUGUUGAGAACACCAUCACCCAUGGAGAAACAGGCAGCCAAUCUUUAUACAAGAAAAAUUUUUGCAAAAUUUCAAGAAGAGCUAGUUGAGACUUUUGUGUACACAGCAAAUAGGAUUGAAGGUGAUGGAGCUAUUAGCACAUUCAGAGUUGCAAAAUUCGAAGAUGACCACAAGGCGUACAUCGUUACAUUUAACUAUCCUGAGAUGAGAGCUAAUUGUAGUUGUCAAAUGUUUGAGUCUUCAGGAAUUCUCUGUAGACAUGUUUUGACAGUCUUUACUGUGACAAAUGUGCUUACAUUGCCUUCUCACUAUAUUUUGAAACGAUGGACAAGAAAUGCAAAGAGUGGAACUACCCUAGAUGAACGUAGCGGUGAGUUACAUGGCCAAGACUCCCUAACUUUACGGUACAACAACCUAUGUCGAGAAGCCAUCAAAUAUGCAGAGGAUGGGGCAACCACUACAGAAACUUUUGUUGCAGCAAUGACUGCUCUUAGAGAUGGUGGGAAGAAGGUUUCUGUUGUUAAGAAAAAUGUAGCUAAAGUUGCACCUCCUAACUCUCAGGUUAGUGUGACUGGCUAUGAUGACAGGAAAAACUCGACAUCAACGUCCGAUAUGACCCCUUUGUUGUGGCCACGCCAAGAUGAAGUAAUGAAGCGAUUUAAUCUGAAUGAUGCGGGUGCACCUGCUCAAACUGUUUCUGACUUGAAUUUGCCACGAAUGGCCCCUGUAUCUCUUCAUCGGGAUGAUGGUACUCCUGAGAACAUGGUGGUACUUCCGUGUCUAAAGUCAAUGACUUGGGUCAUGGAAAAUAAGAAUUCAGCACCAGGAAAUCGAGUAGCUGUCAUUAACCUGAAGCUGCAAGAUUAUAGCAGGACUCUAUCAACUGAAUCAGAGGUUAAGUUUCAGCUCUCAAGGGUAUCAUUGGAGCCAAUGUUAAGGUCCAUGGCCUACAUCAGUGAUCAGCUCUCAACACCAGCUAAUAAGGUUGCUGUUAUAAAUCUGAAGCUUCAAGACGCAGAGACAACUUCAGGGGAGUCAGAGGUCAAGUUUCAAGUUUCUAGGGAUACAUUAGGUGCCAUGCUAAGAUCAAUGGCCUAUAUCCGUGAGCAGCUUUCAAGUGCUGCUGAGAUUCAAUCAGAGUCUGUCUCAAAAAAGCCGCGGAAGUAAGGGCCUUGGAUGUUUUUUACUUCCUAUACUGUACUGCCAGGUGCACGUUACGUCUGGUUUCCAUGGGGAAAGGUGACCACAUAGCAAGUUCAGGAUGCUCGCAGUUGCUACAUAUCUCUCUUUGCAUAGCCCUUCCUUCCCUUUGUGUAAGAUUGUUGUCAACAUAUUUGUACAUGUACCAAAUCCAAAGCAUCGAAGAGAUUUGAUAGGUCUAUGCGGUCAAAAAAUCUACGACACGCCAGAAUUAGAGAGUAACACUAUUUGACAUGUUUGUGCGAGAUACAAGAUUUUAUUCAAUAGGAAUUGGUAGAGUUAAUUCUGAUAGCUGUAAGCUGGUGUGGCAAGUUCUCUCUCAUUGAGCUCCCAGCUUCACUAGUCUUUUUUCCCCCUUGCGUUGUAGCAUAAGAUAUGAAUUGUUUGUUUUGCUUCACUAUGGUAGUUGGAGUAUAUGAUUUUUCAGGUGCUCGUGAGUUCAACCAUCGCUAAUGUCAUUUAAUUGUUCAGGAUCUGAACAAAAAUAAAUAGACAGUGCUGCAGCGGGUUAGGCAAGAAGACAAAGGACUCAUGAAAAAAAACCAAGCCUAUAUCUUUUCCACUUAAAUUCAAGAUAGAAUUCCAACUAAACCUCUCUCUAAAAUGAGACUACCCUCAUAAUAUUUUGGCUGAGGCUAUAA